AUGCCACGUUCCCCCGCCCAUCUUCGCGCCACCCCCAGUCGCGCCACCCAUCCUUUCGUCGCACAUCCUCUGGUGCCUCGCCUCCCGUCGUCGCGCCUCCCCUCGCCGCGCCUCCUGUCCCAUCGUCACGCCCCCUCUCGUUUCGGGGAGCCUCCCCUCGUCGCGCCUCCGCUCCCCUCGUCGCGCCACCCUCGGCGCGCUACCCCUCCUCGCGCCUCCACUCCCGCCUCCCUUCUCCCACCUGCCCAUCCCUUGCCCUCGCUUCCCUGCCCUUCCAUUUCCACUUGUUACCUUCCCCUUCUUUUUGCCUCUGCCUCCCCUGAUUCCCCGCCUGCUUCCCCUCAUUCCCCCCCUCCUUCCCCUCAAUUCCCUCCCUGCUUUUCCUCAUUUACUCCCCUGCUUCCCCUCAUUUCCCUUCCUGACCCCAUUUUUCUCUCUGCUUUCCCUGUUUGUACCCUCCUGCUUCCCCUCGUUUCCCUUCCUGAUUCCCCUAAUUUUCCCCCUUGCUUCCCCUCAUUUCCCUCCCUGCUUCACCUCAUUUCCCUCCCUGCUUUCCCUGUUUUUACCUGCUUCCCCUCAUUUCCCCCCGUGCUUGUCCUCAUUUUUCCCUCUUUUUCCCCUCGUUUCCCCCUCUUCUUCCCCUCGUUUCAUCUUUCCCUCCCUGCUUCCCCUCUCCCCCUCUUCCCUAUCUCCUUUCUUCCCUAUCUCCCUUCUUCCUAUCUCCCUUCUUUCCUAUCUCCUUUCUUCCCUAUCUCCUUUCUUCCAUAUCUUCUUUUUCUCCUUCUUCCCUAUCACCCUUCUUCCCUGUCUCCCUUCUCCCCUAUCUCCUAUCUUCCGUAUCUCCCUUCUUCCCUAUCUCCCUUCUUCCCUAUCUCCCUUCUUCCCUGUCUCCCUUCUCCCCUGUCUCCCUUCUCCCCUAUCUCAUAUCUUCCCUAUCUCCCUUCUUCCCUAUCUCCCUUGUCUCCCUUCUUCCCUAUCUCCCUUCUAUCUCCCUUCUCCCCUAUCUCCCUUCUCCCCUAUCUCCCUAAUCUCCUUGUCUCCCUGCUCCCCUAUCUCCCUUCUUCCCUAUGUCCCCUCUUCCCUGUUUUCUUUAUUUGUUUUCCCUCUUCCCUCCCCCCCCCAUCCCUCUCUCCCCUCUUCCCUGUCUCCCCUCUUCCCUGUCUCCCCUCUUCCCUGUUUUAUCUCUUCCCUGUUUGUUCUUUUCCAGAACCCCCCUCUUCCCUGUUUUCCCUCUUCCCUCCCUAUCCGCCCCCACAAUUCAUCUCCCCUCUUCCCUAUCUCCCCUCUUACCUGUUUUCUCUCUUUGCUAUCCCUCCCUAUUCCUCUCACCUCUUCCCUAUUUUCCCUCAUCCCAAUUUUCCCCUGUCCCUCUCUCCCCUCGCUAUUUCAGAGACUACACUGAAGUUUUUUCUUGCCUCAACUCAUUAUUCCAUCGCAUAA